GUCAAAUAUUUUGAUCUGUAUUGUUUAAUUAUGUGUCCCUUUUUAUACUUUUAGGAUUUGUGUGAAAUUUUGAUGCUGUUUUAGGUGAAAUUUAAAAAGACAUGGCCAUGAAAGGGUUAAUGAAGUUUUAAGAUGAGUUUUCAUGGUCAGAGCUGCGGCUCCUGUGUGCUCACCCCCUCCCCCAUGCUGAUGGCUCGUUCACCAACUAUCCAAUCAGAAGUGGAGAAGCGAGGUGAAGAGUUCAGCUCGCUGAGACCUGCAGCAGCACGUGACGUCCAUUUUGUACGCACCUUGUUUCUCCUCCAACUCGGAGAUCCAGCAUUUGAGAUGAAGAGAUUUAAAAGAAGACUUCAAACUUUAGAGAGAUUUGAAAAUACUCGGGCCACAAAGGACCACUGCCCCUCAUCAAGUAAACAUACACCUCUCGAAGGGAGGUGUGGUGAUGAACCUGAUAAAGCUUGCUGGACCCAAUCACCACCAUCACCAUCCAGAGAAGAUGAGAUGCUCACAGAGGAGUCUCUGUUAUCCAGCCACAGUGGAUCUGAUGUGGACUACAAACCACCAUCGUCACCAGCAUCCAGUGAUGAUGAGGUGCUUGCACAGGAGUCCCAGUCAUCCUGCCACAGUUCACCAGAGAAGCACCACAGUCAUUUGUCAUCCAUUGAAACUGAGAUUGGGGAAUCUAAGGACCAGAAGACCAAAGGUAAAUCAGUUCAAACAGGUAUGCAGUCAAAAGGAAAAAGGAUGCUUCAACAUCGCAAAAAAAGGCUGCAGAUUACUGUUAAAACAAGCAAAAAAAAGGAUGGUGCCAGGGUCUGGGACAAAGCUCAUUACUGUGUAUACUGUAAAAAGGCUCAAUUGAAGAUAGCCAGACAUCUAGAAAGAAAGCAUAGUGAUGAACAAGAUGUUGGCUAUGCUUUUAGUUUCCCAGUUGGCUCCAAACAAAGGAAGAUACUGAUAGAAGGCCUUCGUAACAAGGGUGACUGGGAACACAAUCUUAGUGUCUUAGAGGAUGGAUGUGGUGAAAUUGUAACAUGGAAACAGCCCUCCGGAAAGGUAGACAUAGAGAGCUACCUACCAUGUCAACACUGUUAUGCAAUGUUCAAGAGGACUGAGCUCUGGAGACAUGAGAAGUCAUGUAGAGAACGGAAAGAGGAAAGACAAAAAGGCAAAAGAGCAAGAGUACAAAAAUCUUCCUCACAUCUAAUUCCAGUCAGAGAAUCAUGCAAUGGAGUACAAAAGAUCAUUCACUCUAUGCUACAGGAUCGUGUAACCUGUCAUAUCAGGACUGAUGAGAUGAUUUGUGCAUAUGGAGAUGCAUUAUUUGCAAAAAAGGGCCGUGAAGACUCUCAGCACAGAUACAUUGCACAAAAGCUGAGAGAACUGGGACGGUUUGUGUUGGCUGCCAAGGAGAUUGACAAGCAUGUCAGAGGUCUUAAAGACAUUUGUGAUCCAGCAAAUUUUCAACUGGCAAUUAAAGCAGCUAGGCGUGUGUCAAACUACGAUGCAAGCAAGAACGAAUAUGGAAAGCCAUCUACAGCUGUUAAAAUUGGUUUUUCACUCAAAGGGGCAACUGAGGCCUGGAUAGGCCACUGCUUGAUGAUGUCUGAUGUCAAAACUGAGAAUAAGGCAAAAAAGUUCAAGGAGUUGCUGGAGAACUCGUGGUCCACUUACGUGGCAACUAAUGCUCACAGCACAAUGGAGCAACGGAGGUGGAACAGAGAAGACAAUGUACCUCUGACAGAGGAUGUAGUGACUCUACAGAACUACCUGAGGAAAGCUGAGGAUGAGGCAAAGGCAGAGUUGACAGAGCAUGCGAGUACUACAGCAUACAGAAAGUUAAGUGAGAGCCUUCUUGCACAAAUAAUCGUGUUCAAUAAGAAGCGUGAAGGAGAAGCAUCACGUUUAACUCUCGAGACAUAUCUAAAAGCAGACACUGGCCCUGUGAAUAAGGACAUAUAUGAGACUCUGUCGCCUGUGGAAAAACAACUGAGCCACAGGCUGACACGUUUGGUGACACGUGGAAAGAGAGGGAGAAAGGUCCCCAUCCUACUUCUUGAGCGCACAAAAGCUUCGCUUGACUUCCUGAUUGAAAAACGAAGGGAAGUUGGCAUACUUGAGGAGAAUCCAUUUCUGUUUGCAAGGCUUGGUACAACAACCAAUCUUCGUGGGUGUGACUGCCUCAGAAAAUAUGCAGAAGAGAGCAAAGCCAAAAACCCAGAACUGCUGAGGUCAACAAAGUUAAGAAAGCAUGUUGCUACCCUAUGCCAGCUUCUUGACCUCAACAAUCAGGAACUUGAGCAAGUUGCUCGUUUUAUGGGACACGAUAUAAGAGUCCACUGCGAGUAUUAUCGGCAGACAGAUAAAACAUUCCAAGUGGCCAAGAUUGGCAAACUUCUGUUUGCAAUGGAGCAUGGAGCACAGUCACUGAAAGGGAAGAGUCUGCAAACACUGGACUCUGUUAUCAGUGGCAAAGGACAUGCAGCCAGCCCAGCCAAAGGUCUGAAAGGUGUCAGAAAGAGAAGGACGUCAGAUACAGGCAGACAACGGGAAGCUUAUGAUGAUGGAAAACAGCUAUCCACCACAAGUUCAUCAGCUCAGAGGCACAAGAAGACUGUCACAAGACUUAGACAUGAUGGAGAUGAUGAUGACUCUGAUGGAGAGGUGCCACAUUCAGCUGCAGCAAGGUCACUUGCAAAAAGACAAUGGCAGAAGGAAAGAAGAAAACAUGAUGAAGAUGAUGGUGGUGCUGAUGAUGGUGAUCGGAAAGAUGACAACACCAGUGAAGGCACUGAAAACACAGUUGGAGAGUUGCAAGAAGGCACCAACAGAGAGCCACAAAAGAUGACUACAGCAAAAGAAAAACGUGAUGAUGACAGUGAUGAUGACGGUGAUGUGAGUGAUGGCAAGGCUGGUCCAGGCACUGAAAACACAGAUGGCGUGGUGCACCAGGAGACAGGUGGAAGACCACCUGUUAAGCAAACAAAGAGAACUACAGAAAAACAUGAUGAUAAUGAUGAUGAUAGACAGGAGCCACACUCAACUUUAGGAAGCUCAGCUGUUGACCAACCAAAGAGAACUGCAACCACAAGGCAAGCUGAUGGUGACGAUGAAGAUAGCAGUGACUCUGAGUAUGAUGAAAAGGACAGAAAAGGAUGUGUUAAGAGGCCAAAGAAAGCUGUACAUAAACGAAAGCAUCAAGGCGAUGAUGACUGGGAUGGAGAGGACAGACAGACUAAUGCCACCAGAUCCCCUCAGAAGGGCCGAAAGAAGACUGCAGUUACAAGAGAACGCAGUGAUGUUGAUGCUCCAGAAGUGGAAGUUGAGAAACGAGGUAAGAGACCCUGGAAUGACCAGGAGAGGACUGCAGUCAAACGACACCUUGGCAAGUUCAUCGCACUGAAGAAGGUUCCAGCCAAGCGGGACUGCCUGCUGUGUAUUGACAAAGAGUGUCCAGCCCUAAGAGCGCGGACAUGGAAAGACGUGAAAUAUUUUAUUUACAAUGAAAUUGUUAAAAUCAAGAGAAAGCUUGCAUUCUGAAUUAACAGAAUACAACAGAGGGAGGAAACUGAGAUGAGGGGCUGGAAUUAGGGAGAGAAGAGGGAGAGAGUAAGAGGGUAAUUAUUCCUGUCUUUUAAUGGCUUCGUUAUUGUCUGUUCAUAUGUUCAUUUGUUAGACACUUUAGCCAUGCCCUACAGCACAGCAAUUUUUUUUUCCAUGAUAAUUUGUGUUGAGCAGGCACUGACACCUGCCGUUUAUUACCUUUCAGAAAGAUGUCUCAGGAUACACCUGGAUGUUCUAUAUUGUUCAGCGCUUGAUUUAGACGGUCGCGGCGAGCGCCGGGAAUCAUGGGAGGUUGAUGACAUCAUAC